GUCACCCGCAGCCUGUGGGAUGCCUCCCAAAAGCACAUGGCUAAGUGGGGCUGCCUCUUGCAGGAGGUGAACAUUCAGGAGCAGAACCUGGAGCAGAUGCAGGUGGAGGUGGCGUGGGCAAGAGCAGAGCUACAGAAAGUGUGGCGGGGGGGAAACAGACAGCACUUGGCUGUGCUGGAGAAGGAGAUGCAGGAGGUGCAGGGGAAGCUCAACAACAGCGAGAGCACAGUGAGCAGCCUGUGUGCCUGUGUGAAUACAAAUUGCCGCCCCUCAGGCUGGAUGCUGUACAGGGGCAAAUGCCUCUUCAUCUUGGUGGAGAAGACGACCUGGUGGGAGAGCCAGAAGUACUGCAAAGUGAAAUCUGCUCAGCUGCUGUGGGAAGAGGUGUCCAUG